AUGCCAGAUAGUCGUGGUGAUAGUAUUAUAGAUCUAGCACUUCCCGGGCUGUUCAAGUGGGUAUGGCUGGGUGGCGUUAUGGCGGUGGGGACAGCAUUCAUUCUACUGGCUGCACUCCACAGGACCUUCUCGGAUCUCAUGAUCACUUUCGCGGUGGGUUUGGUAUGGUUACUCACGCCUUUGGCCCUUCUUAUCAUUACCCUUGCUCGACGGUAUGGAUUGAAACAAGCCAUUCGUUACCUCAAUCUUGGAUUGGCAGGCGAGGAAGCUGAUGCAGCCUUUGAGGCAGCAUCGAGAGUGCCGACACCAGAGGACAAGCAAUCGUUCCUGGCUACGGCUAAGAACGCGUCGAUGGUCACGCUGGCGACCACGGCUGGUGCUGAGGACCUGUGCCCGAUAUGUCUAGAUGAGGAGGAUAUGGGAGAUCCAUUGAUAACAUUGAGGUGUGGUCAUGUAUUCCAUGAGAAGUGUAUCGAUUCGGUCAUCGAUACAGCAUACGAGAAGAUGUAUGCUCCUAAUUAUCUGGGAUUACCAAUACUACCUCGUGAUGAAGUGUUGAAUAUAGAUGGGCGAGUUUACGUUACGGGCCGUUAA